UGACCCGGGCGGGGGAGGAGCGGCGGUGCCGGUUCCGCCAGGCCGGUCCCGCCAGGCCGGUUCCGGCCGGGCUGCCCGGGGGCGGAGCCGGGCCGGGCUGGAGCGCGGGGUCUGCGGAUUUUCCUCAGGAGCCUUGAGCACCAGUUGUCCCCAGCUUGGGGCUGUCCUCCCAGCCAUGACACCCUCCAGGAUUCAGAAAUGGAUGAGCCACUCAGGCCCAAAGCUGGAAGUUGUCAUCCCAUUCCUGGGCAAAUACCACCGCCCAGUUUUGGGGCGCUGCUGCCAGACCUGCACCCCUAGGAGCUGGGAUGGAUUCUAUCCCAAGGAUCUCGCCGCUCUCGGAUUCCUUGAUGUCAGCCGUGUGACGGAGACAGACACACGGUUCCGGGGCUGGCUGGUCCGGAGGGUCUGUGGAUUCCUCGCAGCCUGGGAAUGGAAAAUUCCAGCAGAGAGCCCCGGGGAGCUCCUGGUGCGGAUCUGCAGCAGCAGGAGGGUACAGGAUGCUGCCUCUGGCCAGGACCCUAAAUCCAGAGGGGAUGAGGGAUCCCGGCAGUGCUGGAAGGAGGAGAUCUGUCAGAUCCUGAGGGAAAUCCAGGCCCCGCUCUCCCCUCUGCUGCUGAGGCUGUGCCACUGGCUGCUCCCCAAGCUCCUGACCCGUCUGUUCUUGAGUGUGCAGCUGCACGUGGGGCAGCUGGAGAUGGUGCUGCAAGCUGCCAAGACGCCCAAGGUGCCGCUGGUGUUCCUGUGCAGCCACCAGUCCCAGGUGGAUGGGCCCCUCCUGUCCUUCAUCCUCCUCUCCCAGGGGAUUGGCCUGCCCAGGGUGACGGUGGACACCGGGCCCAGCCCUUGCCUCCGAUCCCUGCUCCAGCGCCUGGGAGGGAUUUUCCUGCCUUCAGGAAUGGCACAGACAUUGAGUGACCGGGAUGAGGGGCUCCCAGGGGCUGUGCUGGAUGCGUACAUCCAGGAGGUGCUGCAGAGCUGCCAGCCCCUCAUCCUCUUCCUGGAAGAGCCCCCGGCUUCCCUGCGGCUGGCAGAGCCUGCCCGGUGCUGGCUGCUCCGUGUGGUUCGCGCGCUGCGGGAUGGAGCUGUGCCUGACGUCCUCAUCGUCCCAGUGGGGAUCACCUAUGAUGUGGCUCCUGGCAGAGUGGAGCAGGAUGGACUGCCCCCUCAGGCCCUUGGGAUCGGCACGUGUCUCCGGGCAGCAUUCCAGGCCCUGCGCUGGCACCGUGGAUGUGCCCAGGUGGAUUUCUCUCAGCCCUUCUCCUUACGGGAAUUUGUGGACAACAACCUCGUUGGGACAAUCCUCACAGGGCGACAUCCAGAGCAGCUGCUGCUUCCCACCAUCCUGGGCAGGCGCCCACUGGAUGUUGGGAAUGUGGGGACUUUGAGUCCCAGUUUGGGGACUGAAGAAGAGAUUUUGGUGACGGCGCUGGGGCUGCAUGCACUGAGUGAUUCCAGUGCCUGCUCUGCCAUCACGGCUGUGGGAAUCACUGCGGCGCUGCUGCUCCACAGGCACCAGGAGGUCAUGCUGCUGCCCCGGCUUAUGUGGGAUUUCUCAGCGCUGCUGGAGCAGCUCGUGCUGCGGGGCCAGGCCAUGGGGUUCUCGGGGCAGCUGCGGGCGCUUGUGGGGCACAGCCUGCAGCAGCUGCAGCUGCUGGGGCCCCGCAGGGCUGCCCUGGGGCCCCCUGAGGCCCCGGCCCGGGCACAGCUGGGGCGGCUGGCAGGGGGUGUCCGGCACCACCUGGCCAGGGAGGCCGUGGGUGCCUGUGCCAUCCGUGCCCUGCUGCUGGAGGUGCUGCCAGUCCUGGGGCCCCCCUCCAGCCUCUCCAGGAUCGUGCUGAGCCGGGACGAGCUGCUCCACAAGGUCCUGGAGCUGCUGCAGCUGCUGCCCCCGACCCUGCUGGGGCUUCAGCCCUGCCAGUCUACCGACUGCCACAGCCUGGACAUCCUGGACAAGCUUAUCCUUGGGGGGCUGCUGGAGGAGGAGGAGGCAGGGAGUGAGCCCGGGGGUUGUGACGUGGCCCCCCGGCGCUUCUUGUGGGGACAUUCCUUGGGAUCCUUCACUGAUGACAGUGACAGUGACAGUGAACACGGGGUCCCCAAGCAGUGCUACAAGCUCAGUGAGCCCGGGGGCUUCCCUGGAUUCCUCCUGUUCCUCUGUCGCCUCCUGAGCCCAAUCCUGCACACCUACGGCCGGGCUGUGCAAUUCCUGGAACGACCGCCCUGGCCCCAGCCUGAGGCAGACUAUGUGGAGGCACUGCUGGAAUUCCUGGCUGAGGAUGAGGACGGGUAUCCCGACAGGAGCCUGGCCCUGAGCUCCCUGCAGAGUUUCAAGGACAUGGGGGUGCUUGAAGAGCUGCAGACCCCCACUGGACCCCUUCUGCAGCUCUCUCAGCCUUUCCAGUCUGCUUCCAACCGGGAGAAGUUGGGAGCCUUUAUCCACCAGUUCACCCAGCUGUAGCCCCCCAGACCAAUAAACAGGGCACAAUGACCCAAUCACUCGUGGA